AUGCCCGCCGCGAACGAUAACCCCCUGUGCACGCUCGCCAACGGGCAACCAAGUGAGAAUCCUGGAUCAGUCCAGCAGGUUCGCUAUGGCAACAGCAACGGUGGCUUGAUUGUCUUGAGCGACACUCAGACCCUUGAGGUCUUGGCCCAUUUUGCCCGAGAACGCAUUCCUGAGCGAAGCGUUCAUGCAAAGGCCGCUGGAGCCUUUGGCGAAUUUGAGGUCCUCGAGGAUGUCUCAGACUUGACUGACGCCAAUUUCCUCACCGGCAUUGGCAAAAAGACAAAGGUUCUCACCAGAAUGUCCACCGUCGGCGGCGAGAAAGGAUCCAGCGACACAGUUCGCGAUGUCCGAGGCUGGGCGACAAAGUUUUACACCGAAGAGGGUAUCCAAGACUUUGUCUUUAACGACCUGCCCGUGUUUUUCAUCAGGGAUCCAAUCAAGUUUCCGUCCAUGAACAGGAGCCACAAACGUCAUCCUCAGACGAAUGUUCCGGAUAAUACCAUGUUUUGGGACUUUCAUGUUAAUAACCCAGAGGGCAUUCAUGCUUUGAUGCACUUGUUUGGACAGCGUGGUAUUCCGGCUUCGUUGAGGAAUAUUAACGGCUUUAGUGUUCACACGUACACCCUGAACAAAGCUAACGGCAGCUAUGUCUACGUCAAGUGGCACUUCAGGCCCGACGAAGGCAUCAAGACCAUGGACGCCGACACAGCUGUCCGACUGGCUGGUUCAGAUCCAGACUACCACGUCAAGGAUCUCUUUAAGGCCAUUGAGAAGGGAGACUUUCCGUCUUGGGGUGUGUACAUUCAGGUCAUGAAACCUGAAGAGAUCAAGGAUGCUCCCAUCGACAUUUUCGACGACACUUACACCUGGCCGUUUGAGAAGUAUCCGCUGCGGCUUGUUGGCCGUCUGACGCUCAACAAGAAUCCGAGCAACUACUUCCAGGACAUUGAGCAAGCUUGCUUCUCGCCGUCCAACAUGGUGCCAGGCAUCGGACCCUCGGCUGAUCCAGUUCUCCAAGCUAGAAUGUUUAGCUAUCCAGACGCCCAUCGCUACCGCGUCGGCCCCAACUACUUCCAACUCCCACCAAAUCGACCAACUAACAAGGUAUACGCUCCCUACGUCCGUGAUGGCCCAGGAACCAUGAACGGAAACUACGGAGGCGACCCAGACUAUGUGUUCUCCGAGCUUCGUCCAGUAUCCGUCAGCCAUCGUGUUCAGAUGCCAACCCAUGAGGUUUGGGCUGGACAUGUGACUGCGUUUUCGACUUCAGUUAUGGACAAGGACUUUGAGCAGCCUAGGAAGCUUUGGAAGAUCAUCUGUGACGAGAAGGGUGGGAAGGAACAGUUUCUUCACAACAUUCUUCCUACGCUGGUGGAUAUUCCUGGCAAGUUGAGGAAUGAAGUGUUGGAUUACUUUGGCCGUGUGGACGGGAAGCUGAAAGAAGUUCUUCGGGAAGCUCUUGAGAAGCAAUCAAAACAGGCUCACAAUGGUAAGUAG